AUAUAAUAAAAAUUCAUUAGAGAAAAAUAUCUAUCUUAAAUCCAAAUCACCAUGGAAGCUUGGUUCAUCAUCGCCAUCACACUCUCUCUCGCUCUCCUCCUCAAACCCCUCCUCUCUCUCCUCACUGCUUCUGGGCCCCACCUCCCUCCGGGCCCCACUUCUUACCCUAUCCUCGGUAACCUCCUCUGGCUCAGACACUCUCUCUCCGACAUCGAACAAAUCCUAGCCCAACUCAAACUCAAGUACGGCCCCAUCAUCCGUCUCACAAUUGGGUCCCGCACCGCCAUUUUCAUCAACUCUCAUUCCCUGGCCCACACUUCUCUCGUUGAAAACGGCGCCGUUUUCUCCGACCGCCCUAAAGCGCCGCCGAUUACUAAGUUUCUAAGCUCUGAUCAGCAUACCAUUACUUCUGCUGGGUAUGGCGCCACGUGGCGCUUGUUUCGGAGGAAUUUGAGUUCUGAGAUUUUGCAUCCUUCGAGGGUCAAGGCGUUUUCUCAUGCCCGAGAUUGGGUGUUGAAUUUGCUGGUGCGGCGGUUUGAUAAAAGUUCCGACAAAGGGGGUGUUAAGGUUGUGGGUGAGUUUCAGUUCGCGAUGUUCGGGUUGCUUGUGUUGAUGUGUUUUGGGGAUAAGUUGGAGGAGAAGGAGAUUAAGGAGAUUGAGAGGGUGCAGAGAGGGCUUUUGUUGAGUUUAGGGAGGUUUAGGGUGCUCGAUAUCUGGCCCGUGUUGGGGAAGGUUUUGUUUUAUCGGAGAUGGUUGGAAUUGAAACAGCUUAGACGGAAUCAAGAGGGUGUGUUGAUUCCGUUGAUCAAGUCCCGACUGGAGAAGCUCCAGUCGGGAUUUGAUCAGGACGAGGGGGUUGUGUCGUAUGUGGAUACGUUGUUGAAGUUGAAGCUUCCGGAGGAAGGGGAUAGGAAGUUGAGUUUUGGGGAGAUUGUAGGUUUGUGUGGUGAGUUUUUGAAUGCGGGGACGGAUACGACGACCACGGCUUUGCAAUGGAUUAUGGCUAAUUUGGUCAAGUAUCCGGAGAUUCAGGGGAAGGUUUAUGAUGAGAUUGUGGGUGUCAAGGGGAAUUGUCCGGGGUUGGGGGGAGAAGGGAAAAUGGUGGUGGUGGAGGAAGAGGAUUUGCAGCAGAUGCCGUAUUUGAAGGCCGUUGUGUUGGAGAGUUUGAGAGCUCAUCCGCCUGCACAUUUCGUGUUGACACAUUCUGUGACGGAGGAAGUUAAGCUGGACGGCUAUGUGGUGCCUACAGAUGCGAGGAUUAAUUAUAUGGUGGCUGAGAUGGGGAGGGAUCCAAAGGUGUGGGAUGAUCCUUUGGAAUUCAAACCGGAGAGGUUCUUGAAUAAAAAGGGAGAUUUAGAUGCUUUCGAUAUAACAGGGAGCAGGGGGAUCAAGAUGAUGCCUUUCGGUGCUGGGAGAAGGAUAUGCCCUGGCCUGAACUUGGCAUUGCUUCAUCUCGAGUACUUUGUGGCUAAUCUGAUUUGGCAUUUCGAAUGGAAGGCUCCUGAUGGUGUUCCUGUUGAUCUAUCAGAGAAAGCAGAGUUCACUGUUGUCAUGAAAAAUCCCCUACUUGCUCACAUUUCGCCGAGGGCUAAAAUGUAGAGGCUGCCUGUUGUGCUUUUAUACUUGAUGAAUUUCUAUGUUUGGAGUCUUUCAAUUCUUACAUGCAAUUUUUAUCAUUACUAA